AUGUCUACUUAUACGACAUCAGUUGAUACGCAAGAUCGGCUACUCGAGCGUCCGACGCAUGAAACUUCAAUCACUGCUGUGAAAUCGAUUCCGAUUUCUACACGCUAUGGUUAUGUUUUGGUAACACAACAAGGUACAAGUGGUCGUCCAGUAAUGGUCACUUAUCAUGAUGUUGGAUAUAAUUCUGCAACACAGUUUCAUCAUUUUUUUUCUUUUUCUGAAAUGAUCCCAAUAACAGAACAUUUUACAGUAUAUCAUAUUAAUGCACCAGGGCAAGAAGAUCGUGCUACUCCAUUGCCAUCUACAUCUGUUUAUCCUACAAUGGAAGAAUUAGCUGAAACUGUCAAUGAUGUAUUCAAUCAUCUAGAUAUUAAAUCUGCAAUUGCCUUUGGUGUUGGCGUUGGUGCGAAUAUUUUAACACGUUUUGCUCUGAAAUAUUCAUCGAAGGUCUAUGGUCUUAUUUUGAUUAAUUGUAUUUCACGUGGACUCAGUUGGUUUGAAGGUUUUAGUCUUAAAUGGCCAACACAGGAUAUGCCUCAACAAACAUGGACUGAUCCACUUUUGACCUAUCUUACUUGGCAUCAUUUAGGUUAUGAAACUCAAAUAACUCAUCCAGAUCUAGUCCAAGCACUUCGACGUCAUCUGGAAGAAAAUGUUAAUGCUAAAAAUGUUAUUAAACUUCUUAAUUCAUUUUUAAAACGCACACCCAUUCUGAUGGAACGACCGAAUGAAUCGAAUAAAAAUUCUAAUCCACCGAAAAGUUUGAAAUGCACAGUUGUUAAUAUAACGGGAUUUUCAGCACCGCAUAAAGAUGAUGUUAUUGAUACGAAUGAUAAAUGUGAUCCAGCUAUGUCUUCCUAUGUUGAAUUUGCUGAUUGCGGUGGUGCAAUACUUGAAGAGCAACCAGCUAAAACAGCUGAAGCUAUUCGACUUUUUCUUCAAGGUCUUGGCUAUAUAUCGCAUUUGAGCAUUCCGAAAUAUUCAAUUGCAAAUCGUUUAACAGAACAAGCUGCAGAAUAUAAACGUCGUAAUGGGCCUGCGUCGCGAGCACCACGCCGUACUAGUGCGCCAUUUGAUGCAGCUGAUUCAGGCCUCUAUGGUAAUGAUUCACAUGGGGAAGAUACAGAUGAUGAUCAAAAUGAUUAUGGUAAUGAACUUCAACUGCGUGUUGAUUCAUUCGAAGAUCGUAAUGUUAAAAUAUAA